GUCACUUGUGUUCCUGGGAGUGCUCACGCUGUUGGGGACCAGCUUUGGAGCCUACAACAUGGCCAUGGCUGCCAUGAGCCCCUGUCCUGUCCUGCAGGGCCACUGGGGUGGGGAGGUCCUCAUUGUGAUCUCCUGGGUGCUGUUCACAGCCUGUUUCAGCUAUGUCAAGGUGAUGUUGGGUGUGAUCCUACGCGACCGAAGCCGCAGCGCCCUCUUGUGGUGUGGGGCAGCGGUGCAGCUGGGCUCGCUGGUCGGUGCUCUGCUCAUGUUCCCACUGGUGAACGUGCUAAGACUUUUCCUCUGCUGAUCACUGCAGCCUGGACUGCUCUGCCUAGGCCGGGUUGGCCACCACAGAACACUGCCGUUCCCCAUCAUUGAAGUUGGGACCCAGAGGCAAAGGGUGCUCCUGAGGUAACAGAGCCAGGACUGGGAAGGAGGGAGGUGGAGCCUGAGCUUUUUAACAGCAAAGGCCAGGUAAGGACUGUGAGGAAGGCCAAAGGCCUCCCUGGAGUUGCAAGGCACAACCCUCCCCCAACGCUGUGUCUGUGAUCUCCAGUUACAGACUUCGUUCUUUGACUUCUGAGAAAUCCAGUUUGUAGCAUCCAGCACAGCUGCCAAGGGUGAUGUUAGGGAGAUACAGCUGGGAAAGUAAGCGGCCCUCACCCGCUGUGGGACCGCAGGGAAGUCAUUUGACUUCUCUGGGCCUCUGUUUCCACAAUAGCUUGUACGGUAGCACACAGCAAGCCCCUGGGCUCAUUCCUGCACUGACACCCUCUUAGUACAACCUGGAAGUGUUCAGAGGGUUUGGGAGUUUUCCUGCCUGGAUCCCUUUCCUGUGUCCCAAGAGACGUACCACUGCAAGAGGCGUGGCUAUCACAGUCCAGAUACAGACCUUCCGUCUUCCCUACCACCCUGGACGAUGAGACCCUGGGGUGAGUUGAGGGACCCCUGCUCCCCCCUGAAAGUAAACUCCAACAGGCUGCAGAGUGGGCAGUGGGGACCCCCAGAAGUGGUUCUCAAUGACAAAGGCACCUGCUUUGUAAUUGUUAUUUGUUUUGCUUUUUUUUUUAAAUAAAAAUAUUCUAUCACUCAGAGCAAUCUUCCAAGGAGAAGCCCAGAGUGAACUCCACAGUGUUUCAUCCUAAUCAGGCUUCAGUUAAGGUUUCAGCACCAAGAGCAGAGAGAGGCCUGGUGCCUGCCUGCCUCCUAGACUGCUCUUUUAUCCACGAGUACCACUCUGCACUCCUUUUUACUGAGUUUGUACAGUUAAUGGAGUCGCAUGCUUCAAAAUUCAUAUGUAAAAUGAUGCAUGUCCAGUUCAUCUUGAUAUGUAUGCACACGUAGGUGGGACCUAGUGGGUGCUGCUGGCCUGGAAUCUCAGCACUGGAUCCCAAGCUGAAGCAGAACAAUGGAGAGUUCAAGUCCAGCCAGGUACAGUGGCACACACCUUUAAUCCCAGCACUCUGGAGGCAGAGGCAGGCAGAUCUUUGUAAAUUCAAGGUCAGCCAAGGCU